UGUUACAGGAGCAUUCCAGUACAUUGACGGACACAUGUACUUUUUCAAAAACACCACAUACUACAAAUAUAAUGAGUUUACCAAAAAACUUGUUGCAGCCGGACCCUUUAAUUGGAACGUGUUCGAUAUUCCAUGUCCAAAUGGAGACCUUUUAAAUCAUCUCAAAAUUUUAUUAACAAAAAUAAUUUCUUUUUAUCAAUGAUGUUGUAUAUUUUGAAAUAAACUCUUAUUAAAAUUUUUUUUCUGGAAAAUUCCCGAACGCCAAUCUUAAGAUAACUUUUACCUAUUAAUAAGAAAUUUUUUGAUAACGCAGGAAAUUGAUAAGAAUAAUCGGAAACCAUAUGGACCACAUUUACAGGAAAUUACAAAAUUACAAAAUUGUCGCAAAUAAAAUAUUUUUUCUAGAACAUUCUAUCACAAUCGUAUGGAGAUAGUGACAUGAGUAUAAAUAAGAUUUUGCAUUGUAUUGGAGUCGGUCUCUUCCACUGCCAGCAAGAGAAAAACCAGCUCUGAAGAACAAAUACUAGUAUCUGUUAAAAAAUUGUGCCUUAACAAAAAAAAUAGAGAAAACCAAUAACAAAAAUACAAGAUCUACCUUUGAAUACUCUGAGGGCUAUAAAGAAGGCAAAAAUAGUCAAUUCCAAAUUCGGAGAAUCAGUUUUAUUGGAUUUAGAUACAGAAGUAGUGUUUUUACCGCAAAGAGUCACAAGUGUCUACAAACCAGUCAUUGAAGAAUUUGAAAAGGAAAAAUACGGAAUUAUAUUCAAGGGAUUAGUGGAUGUUGGAAAAAAUCAACGGCUAGCGUCAUUUGAAAUUGAGGAACUAUAGACGUGCCUAAGACACACACACAGAGAGAGAGAGAGAGAGAGAGAGAGAGAGAGAGAGAGAGAGAGAGAGAGAGAGAGAGAGAGAGAGAGAGAGAGAGAGAGGUGAGUACCAUGAAUAUUGUAAAAAAAUCUGAAAAUUUACUGCAAGUCAUUAAAAAUGUCAGAAAAAUAUUGUUUGAUAAGAUAACGGAUAGAGAUGUGGAAAUUUGGUUGAAUCGAUUGAAAAAACAAAUUAAAGUAUGUAAUUUGGCAAUUAAAAAAGGAGGACUGCAUGUAGGUACAAUUAGGAAAUUACAAACAUACAUAGGACAUUUCAAACAUUUUAAACAACUUAUUUCGAAUAGGAAUAUAGGUAUGGGGCUGAAUAAUAAACUGAAAAAUAGGGUUAAAUGGGAAAAUGUAGCUUCUGCAUGUACAAGAAGAGUUAAAACCGGACUUAUAGUAAAUUUAUAUCAUAAGGACUUAACGCAAUUUUUAAAUGAUUGUCAAAUAAUUUUUAAAAAUAAAAUAAGGGAAAUUUUUAGGAAAAAAUAUUCUGUUGUUAAAGUUUAUGUUUGUUUUUGUGGAGAGUUCAUUAGAAAAUCUGGUGAAAAUGAAAUUUCUAGUUUCCAUUAUUUUAUGACUAAAAAUUCUAUUAUUGAUGUAUCGACCGAUAUAGAGCGAUGGUUUUUCGAGAACGUCAAAGAUAAAAUUAAUUUUAAAUUAUCAGAAUUUCAAGAGAGGGACUCUGGUUUUGCAUUAAGUAAAAUUAUUUCUUUAGAAGUAAAUAUCAAUAAAUUUGAAAUUGGAAACGGCUCAUCUUAUAUUAAACUUCCAGAACCUAUUCAAAAAAAGCAAGGGUGCAUAAACAUUAAAAAUUCUGACCAAGCAUGUUUUUAUUGGUCAAUUGUUAGUGCUUUGUACCCAGCCAAAAAUCAUAAAGAACUCACUUCCUCAUAUCCAUAUUAUAGCACAGUCUUGAAUACACAAGACUUGGAAGCUCCGAUGCCCCUGCAUCAAAUUUCAAAGUUUGAAAAAUCUAAUAACAUUUCCGUCAAUGUCUAUGCCUUGGAUUUAAUUGAAAUAAAUAAUAAAAAACCAUUUUACAAAGUAUAUCCAGUAAGACUUGCUAAAUCAAUACACGAGAAACAUGUAAAUCUUUUAUUAAUUCAAAAUACAUAUUUUCCAAAGCUAAACGAUUAUGAAGCACCUCCUAUAGAUAAUGACAAUUCAGAAAUCACAUAUCACUACUGCUGGAUCAAAGAUUUGUCACGUUUAAUUAAUAGUCAGUUAAGUAAAACUACAUAUAAAAAAUUUAUUUGCAAUCGCUGCAUAAAUUAUUUCAGUAGUGAAAGUAAAUUGAAUGUCCACUUGAAAUUAUGCUCUGAAUUAAAUAAUUAUAAAAUGUCUUUUCCAAAAUAUGAAUCUGUUAGUUUUAGAAAUUAUAUAUAUAAACAAACUACGCCUUUUGUAGUUUAUGCCGACUUUGAGUGCAUGCUAGAACAAUUUACAGAUAAAACACAGCUUCAUAAUAAGACAAAUAAAUAUCAAAAACAUAUAGCAUAUAGUGCUGGUUACUAUGUAAAAUGUAGCUACAACGAAGACUUAAGUUUUUUCAAGAGCUACAGAGUUAAAGAUUGCAUGGAUUGGUUUGCAAAUGAAUUAUCGAAUUUAGCUGAAAGUAUUAAAUCAGAAAUUAAAACUAUUACACCUAUGGAAGAAAAACCAGAUUUACGUGUGGCAACAAUGUGUCACAUAUGUGAAAAGGGUUUUUCCUCUACAGAUAUCAUUGUUAGAGAUCACGAUCAUUUUACGGGGAAGUUUAGAAAUUUUGCACAUCAAGCAUGCAAUUUAAAUUUCAAAAAACUGUUUGUUGUACCUACAGUUUUCCAUAACUUAAGUAACUACGAUAGCCAUUUCAUCAUUUCGGAAUUAAGUAAAAGAGGAAACAUCAGUUUACUCCCCAUAAAUAAAGAAAAAUACAUUUCAUUUACACUUAACGAUUCAGAUACAAAUAUAAAAUUUCGAUUCAUAGAUUCACUGAGGUUUUUGGGUGCUUCCUUGGAAGAAUUGGCUGCUACAUUGAAUGAUAAUGAUUUAAAAAUUUCCAAAAGAGAAUUUAGUGAUUUAAGUGUCGAACAAUUUAAAUUAAUAGCCAAAAAAGGGGUUUUCUGUUACGAUUUUAUAGAUAGUUGGGAAAAAUUAAAUACUUGUGAACUACCACCAAUAGAGGCAUUUUAUAAUAAAUUGGAGGAUAAAAACAUCAGUAUUGAGAAGUAUUCUCAUGCUCAUGCAGUGUGGAAAUCAUUUGAUAUUGAAAAUUUGGGUCAGUAUUCUGAUCUGUACUUAAAGACCGAUGUUUUACUUUUAUCAGAUGUUUUCGAACAAUUUCGAAGAAAAUGUUCAAUUACUUAUGGUUUAGACCCUGCAUGGUACUAUACAAUGCCUGGAUAUACUUGGGACUGUAUGUUGAAAUAUGUAGGAUGUAAAUUAGAGUUAUUGCAUGACGUAGACAUGAUCAUGUUUAUCGAGAAAGCAAUUCGAGGGGGAAUUUCGGUUUGUAGCAGUAGAUUAUCGAAUGCUAACAAUAAGUACAUGCCUGAAUAUGAUUCUACAAAACCCUCAAAGUACUUACUCUACCUGGACGUCAAUAAUUUAUACGGGUGGGCUAUGUGUGAACCAUUACCAUACGGAGGAUUUGAAUGGUUAGAUAAUGAAAAUUUUGAUGUUAUCUCUGUGGCAGAUAAUUCUUCCGUAGGAUAUAUAUUACAAGUAGACUUGGAGUAUCCACAUGAAUUACAUGAUCUUCACAGAGAUUUUCCAUUUGCUCCCGAACACCGUAAGCCUACAGGCUCAAAUUAUUCCAAAUUAAUGACAACGCUUUAUUGUAAAAAAGAAUACACAGUUCACUAUCGUAAUUUAAAACAAAUGUUAGCCAACGGUUUGAAAAUUAAAAAGAUACAUAAAAUUCUGAAAUUCAAUCAAUCUGCAUGGCUGCGGCCCUAUAUCGAACUAAAUACUCGUUUGAGGGCUGCAGCUACCAAUGACUUUGAGAAAAAUUUAUAUAAAUUGGCAAAUAAUGCUGUGUUUGGAAAGACGAUGGAAAAUAUACGGAAGCACCGAAUUGUAAAACUUGUUAAAACCUGGAAUGGCCGAUACGACGCCAAAAAUUUGAUAUCUAGUGUUAGGUUUCAUAGUCGAACAGUUUUCAAUGAAAACCUAAUUGCAGUAGAACUCACUAAAUCAGAAUUGGUUUUCAAUAAGCCUCUUUAUGUUGGUAUGACAGUUUUGGAUUUGUCGAAGCUAUGUAUGUAUCAAUUCCAUUAUGAUUACAUGAUUCCGAAAUUGGGUAUUGAUAGAUGUAAAUUAAUGUACAUGGACACAGACAGUUUUGUGUAUGAGCUCAUCUGUGAUGAUGCAUAUGAGGAGGUGCUAAAAGCUGAUUUAACAAAAUUCGAUACUUCAGAUUACCCCAUCAAUAAUAACUAUAAUAUUCCACAGGUAAAUAAAAAAGUUCUGGGAGUUAUGAAAGAUGAAAACAAAGGCCAAAUUAUGACUCAUUUUGCAGGCUUGAGGUCUAAAAUGUAUUCUUUUAAAGUUCAAUCAGGUGCAAUAGUAAAAAAGGCAAAAGGAGUUCGAUAUAAUGUAGUAAAAAACAAAAUAAAUUUUGAAGAUUAUGUAAACUGUUUAAAUGAUUUCAAAGAAAAAAAUAUUACUCAACGCUGUAUUAGGUCAUAUGCUCAUAACGUAUAUAGCAUAGAACAGACAAAAAUUGCGCUAAGUCCUCAUGACGAUAAAAGAUAUUUGAUUACCAAUAGUUAUGAUACGCUGCCGUGGGGUCAUUAUAGUAUUCCAGACUUACUCUCUUGUAGAUAA